AUGGAGACGUGCAAGCCAGUCAAGAGCCCAAACGAAAAGCUAACUGCAGAAGCGCUAGCCAAAAGGUUAGAACUGGAUGUGGUUGAUCCACACAGGAUCAGUCAAUAUCGUUCGCUCACUAUGCGAGCAGCGUUCUUAGCCCAAGACCGUCCUGAUUUGUCAGAGACAGUCAAGUGCCUCGCACGAAAGAUGCAAGGACCCACCGAAGCUGAUUUCGGUGACCUGAAGCGUCUAGCUAGGUAUUUGAAGGGCAAUAUGCGAAUGGUGCAGAAGUUCACUCCGCAGAAGUUCAGCAAUGUUGUGUCAGUUCAUGCUGACUCGGACUUCGCAGGCUGUCUUCUCACUCGGAAGAGUACUACAGGUCUAGUCUGUUACUAUGGGCGACACACUUUGCGCCACUCGAGUAACCUACAGUCCACAGUCAGUCUUUCAUCAGGAGAAAGCGAAUACUAUGCCUUGGUCAAGGCAGUGGCUUCCGGAAUGGCAACCCAGGAGCUACUUAGAAGCUGGGGCAUUAACGUGAAUCUCCAGGUGUACACUGACUCAGCUGCAGCACUUGGAACGUGCAAUCGGCUUGGACUUGGGAAAUCGAGACACAUACAGACCAGAUACCUCUGGAUUCAGGAGAAGUUGGCCGAGCGAUCGUUCGAGCUGAUCAAGAUCGACACCAAGCUGAAUACCGCCGACAUCUGUACCAAAGCAUUGGCAAGCGAAGCUGCAGAACGACAUCUGAAGGCAAUGGGCUUCGUGAAGUGUUCUCGUUGCAACGAGAAAGUGGGUGAACUCGCCGGUGGCUUCUUGAUUUUGUUGCCUCCUGAGCCGAGUUCUCUUCGUUUCAGCGAUUGGGCCAUUGGCAAUUAA